CAUCCUGUUCAGGGUCAACCCUGCUUCUUUCCUACAGUGGAGGAAAAUAUCUACAUACUGUUCAUUUACUGAAGAAUAGGGAUCAUUCUGCUGUAAUGAAUACCUCUAAGGGCGUACAUUUUGUAAGUAAGGUUUUGAAUGCAGAACUUUUAUUUGCGGUGUAGUAUUUUUACCUUGAGAUUUUCCUACUUUUACUAAUGUAAAAGAUCUGAAUUCUUCAUCCAGCAGAGUGUGCUUCAAUUGAACUGAACAACACAUUCAGGUAAAGAGAAAUCAAAAUGAUCUACAAGUGUUAUAGACUUAGUAGAAUUGAAACUGAGCAAGUCGACAGAACACAUAAGAAACGACACCCAUGCUCAUGUUUCUCGGCAAAUGGUACGGACUGGAAACCUCAAAUGGCCUUGUGGUGAAGUGAGUGGGUGAAGAGUCUUUCUGCUUCAUGAUCCCAUUUGUUAGAUUCAAAUGUCAGUUUCCAAAUGAUGAAACACUACCCAGCAUAGAUCAAGUCUAUCUAAUAUUGUCAAGUAAACGAUAGUUUACACAGAUUCAGUGAAAAACUCAGAUAUCUAAUGUUUUGACAUAUGCUUAAAGAAAAAUUGACUUAUGGCUGUGGCAUUUCUUUACACGCCUUAAACUCAUACUUGAUCAUCCUUGAAUGGUAUGUUCAGUAUUGAAAUUCACAGUUUGUAAUUUGAAACCAAAUGUCUAUUUAAUAUUGUAUAAAAAACAAAAACUUGAAAACUUGAAAAACUACAUUGUCUCUGUAACUACCAUCUAUAGUAGCAUGACACUGAGGUGAUUCAGUCUUAAUCCAAACUACAACCAAACUCAUGUCAUUAUGACCUUCAGAAUUUGUUUCAUCAGUUUUCAGCCUAGUGUGUAUGUGUGGAUAUUUCUUGUUAUGUUGUGAAAUGAUUUGUGAUAUUUUCAGCCACCAGUGCAGUGUCUGUGUCUAUAUCCUGUCAUGUGAUUUCCUGUGAACUGUCAAAUUCAGACACAGUCACAGUCACUCUGUGUAUGGACACAUCUAACAUCUGCUCCACCUGCCAGAAAGUGAGCAACAACAACAGGACUUGAGGGAGAACGCUUCAGCUGCUGGGGGUCUUCACUUCAUUGGGAAGUUGAUGUGAGGUGCAAAAAGCACCUGGUGUUGUAUAUGAAGUGAGAAGAUUGGGUUUUUGUUGUAAAAGAGGAAGUUCGGGGAGAAAAAAUGGAAGAGCCCAAUACUGUCAACUUCACGAGGCUCUUGUCAGAUGACAGCACUCAGUCCACCCUGUCGCUGGACUCCUGUGAGUACUAUCAGAUGGAGAUCUUUGACCAGCUGCCCAGCAUCCAGGCUUGCCGGCCUGAGCAGAGCAAACAGGGUUUUUUGGAAGUCUCUGAGGCCCACCAGGGCAGCCCAGAGCAGGGGGACAAUGGCCAGCUGUCCAGAGGAACCAGAGACAAGGAGUCUCUGCAGCCACUCAGAAACCUGGCCAUGUGUCUUCAGGCGAAGAGAGAAACCAGGGACAGGAGGAAGAUGCAGAUCAGCAAGAUUGGUUUUUGGCAGUCCUGGAGGCGGAGCCAGAGCAUCAACAGGAGGAGGGUGUGGGUGCAGAUGAGAGAAGCUCUAUCAGGCCUGUUGCCAUGGCAGCAUACUCUCCGCGCCAUUGAAGGCAGGUUUGGAGUUGGCGUAAAGGCCUAUUUUGUUUUCCUCAGAUACCUGAUUUACCUGAACCUGCUACACUGUGUCCUUAUCUGCGGUUUCAUUCUGGGGCCUACAGCAUUUUAUGGCAGGAGCAACAGAAGUGAACCUUUGAGGUUUGAAGCCAAUGACUCAGUUUUAAAUUUCUUCCUGGGAUCGGGCUAUCUGGAGCGCUCUCCCGUCUUCUUUGGCUUUUACACGCGUGGUUCCCUGAAUUUGCCGUGCUUGAAUACACCUUUGCUGUACUUUGCUGGGAUCCUCGUCAUCCUCAUCCUCAGUCUCAUCAUGGUGGUCCGCAAAACGACAGUUGGCUACAAGCACUCCUGGAUGCUCGGGAAGCGUUACCAUAUGAAUGUGUGCUACAAGAUUUUCUGCGGCUGGGACUUCACCAUCCAGGAUCCCACUGCAGCCACUCUCAAACACAGCUUCAUCAGGAAUGAUCUCAAGCUGUUCCUGGAAGAACAGAGUUUCUCCCUGCAUGUGGCUCAGAGGACACUUGGACAGAGAGUGCGUCUCUACCUGCUCAGGCUAAUCCUCAACCUGAUCGUUCUGUGUCUGCUGGGUGGAGCCUUCUACCUCAUAUUCUUCGCCACACAAACAUCACUGAAUGAGGUAAGGCUUGACCGUGUUUCUCAGAGCGGGCACCACUGGUUGAUCAGUCUGUUCCUCCAGUAUCUUCCUCCCAUCACCAUCACCUUUGUCAAUCUGUUCCUACCUCACGUCUUCCGUAAGAUCUCGUCUUUUGAAGACUACUCUUUCACCAUGCAGGUGAAUACCACGCUUGUGAGGAGCAUCUUCUUGAAGCUGGCCUCACUGGGGAUCUACUUAUUUUUCCUUGUCACAGCAGACGAAUAUCAGAAACAUCAGUGCAGGGAGAACCAGUUUGGCAGAGAGAUGUACAAGCUGUGUAUUUUCAACUUCCUCGCCACUUUUUCCAACGCCUUUCUUCUGAACUACCCCAGGAAGUUGAUUCAGAAGAAGUGUCCUACAUCCUUGCUGGCCCGGUUGUCAGGGAAACAACACUUUCUGAUCCCUUUCAAUGUGUUGGAUCUGGUGUACAGUCAGACAGGGUCCUGGGUGGGAAUCUACUACUGCCCUCUGCUGCCUCUCAUAGGAACUGUCACACUGGUGGCCACGUUCUACAUCAAAAAGUUCACGGUCAUGCGGUGCUGUGUUGCAGAGCACCGAAUGUUUCGAGCCUCCAGUUCUUCAGUUUUGUUCCACUUCAUGUUGCUGCUCGGUCUCCUCAUGGCUGCAGUCACUAUGGGCUUCAGCCUCUACCAGCAAGGAGUCUCAGCCAACAGCCAGUCCUCCUGUGGUCCAUUUGGAAAUGGAGAAACGAUAUUUAACGUGACAGGAGUGUGUGUGGACAGUCUUCCCAGCCUGGCGCAGAGCACUCUCCGCUACCUGGCAUCUGAGGCCUUCGCCCUGCCGCUCAUACUGGCUGAAAUCAUAAUCUUAACCUCAUAUGUGUCACGAGGACGAGCCAAUCAGAAAGCCAUUGAGAGACUGAAAGACAUGCUGGUUAUGAGUAGCUCAGAUAAGCGUUUCCUGGUGAAACAGCAUAACACAAUGCUCAGACGUCGGAAGGACAUCCGCAAGGUCCGUUCUGCAGCCAGCAGAGAGGACGCCCCCCCCAGUCACUGGGAAGACUCCACCUCCACACAAAUAGACUGAUUAAAGUGUCCGAGCUGUCAGGUCCGUCCGUCUGUCCACAGACUUCCACUUAAAAAUAAAGCCUGAGUCUGACUGACCACAGCCUGAUGGUCUGGAGCUGCCUAUAAAUAAAAGCUAAAAAGGUUGAUGAACUCUGACUUUGACAGUUACAUGAUAUACACAGUUUAAGUUGUUAUAUUUUUUCUGCAAAUGUCAAGUUUGCAAUCAUUUUUAUGUGAAUGUAAAUUUUGAUGGAUGUUGGCUGUGAGUGUGUUAAGCGUGGUUUAUACAAUUUACAGACAGUGUGUGAAUUUUGUUUCUGUGUAAAAAAGAACUUAUGCAAUUGUUAUUUUAUAUGUAUUCCGUUAACUCUGAAUCUUUUUUUCAUUUAUAAUGCUCAGUAAAACCUUUGUGGUUUGUGCAUUUUUUAAAACUUUAUUUGUGUUCAGCAACACACAGAUGGUUAAAAUGAAGCCAAACAUGCAACCUAAUAUGUUAUCUACUUCCAACACAUGAGUAACACCCCUAGCCCUGACACACACACAGAUUCACACAUGCACACAGUGACACACACAUUCAACCAAGCUAGAGAAACCAUGCCAAAGAUAAAUACAUAGCACUGUUAUGAAGAAUCUACAGACUCUUAGCUUAUUGCCAAUUCUGGGUGAGUUAGAAGAAUUUUAUUUAAAAUGGUAAAACAAACAGAUUAUUAUUUAAUGGCUUCAUAUUCUUACCACGUUGUGUUGUUGAUUUUGUUUUCAGCUCUGGCAAGUUUGUUCAUCGAGAUAAGUAAGUGUGUUAAAGAGGUGCAACUCUGUUUUCUGAGAUGUUUUGUUUGUCCUUUCAUAUUUAAAACUUUUUUUGUUAUAAAACUUUA